UGCCGUAUUUCCUGGGGCUUCUGUGUCUGGGCAGUUUGUAUCUGUUGGUGGUGGCCGCGUUGCCGUCUGUUGGAGGAGUGGAAACUGGUGGCAGCGGCCUUGGGGCUGGGAUGAACCGCACUCUCGGUGGAGGCCGGGGAGCCAAGCCAGAGCCAUGUGAGGGUGAGACGACACAGUGCCAGAGGCGCUGUGAAAAGCUAGUCUUCUAGGUAAGCCCACGUUUAACGUUGAAACAUGUUGUCAAAAUUCUGCAGUGACUUUAAAUAGUUCUCUAGAGGAAACUUUUUUUCCAUUGUUCUUGAUUGAACAUUAAUGUAGCUUCAUCUGCCCUGAGGGGAAAGAGGUUUUCAAAGGGAUGUAGUUGUUAUCUUCGCAGUUGUAAAUUAAACAAAUCCUCUCGCUCUUAUCUUUAACAGUGAAAAUCCAUACUUUACAAUGAGUUGGAGAUAAAAGUUGCAGUCCUUUUAAAGGAUAAUGGGCAGACUAUUUUCUCCCUAUAAGUUGUUUCUCCCUUUGAAAUAAAACUUAAAGAGUUUGGGAUGGGACAAUGGGUAUGAUAGGGAAGGGUGAGAAUUCCAGAAGUCAAUUACUUACUCUGCUUCCCCUUACCAGGCAAGUACAGUGGUAGCAGUUGGACUGACCAUUGCUGCUGCAGGAUUUGCAGGCCGUUAUAUUUUGCAAGCCAUGAAACAUAUGGAGCCUCAAGUAAAACAAGUUUUUCAGAGUCUUCCAAAAUCUGCCUUCAGUGGUGGCUAUUAUAGAGGUGGGUUUGAACCCAAAAUGACAAAACGAGAAGCAGCAUUAAUACUAGGCGUAAGUCCUACUGCCAAUAAAGGAAAAAUAAGAGAUGCUCAUCGACGAAUUAUGCUUUUAAAUCACCCAGACAAGGGAGGAUCUCCUUAUAUAGCAGCCAAAAUCAAUGAAGCUAAAGAUUUACUAGAAGGUCAAGCUAAAAAAUGAAGUAAAUGUGUGAUGAAUUUUAAGUUCUUGUUAGUUUAUGUAUAUGAGUGUUAGCUUUUUAUAAUAAAAUGCCUCAAAGCUACAAAUUUUAAAAAUGAUUUAGUACAAACUAAACCAAAGGAUUGGUAGAAGUUUUUACUUUGAAUGUGAGGAUUUUAAAUCACAUAUAGAAUACUUGGAUUUAACAUUCAGUUAUUAUAGAUAGAUACCAUUUGAAUAGAAAUAGACCUUCUCUGGCUUUGGAAGGAGCCCCGAAUCUAAUGAUACAAUGAAAAACUGGUAAUUAAAAUAGUGUGAUCCUAUGAUGGAAUGUACACAGGUUGUUAUAGGAGGGAUUUAUCUUAUUGGGAGAAAAGGCAGCUCAAAGUUCAGAAAAUCAACCCCACUGCUUGGAACCUUAAAUUUAAAAGUGAGUUUAGGGGGGCACCUGGGUGGCUCAUUCGUUAAGCGUCUGCCUU